GGAACAAUAAGUAGUACACUAAGUUCAGCAUACUCUCGUGUUGCCUUCUGCCCUGCAACAGCAAUUUCCAUGCCCAAGGACGAUUUUGUUGAUCGGUUGCCGCAAGAACCAAACGAUUGUGAAUGCUGCUUGGAAAGCGAACCGCAAUAGCGCGGCAAGGCUAGAGAAUCAUUCGUAAGUUGUUCGAUUGGCGCUGGCAAACACCGACUUUCCGGCAAGUUAGCACACCUUUCGAUUAAGCCUUUGGUCGACCAGAUACCAAGCAUAUAGACGGCCACUCACGGUUCCCAUCAACGUGGCGCGGGCUGCUUGUUUUGUUUGUGUGCUUUAUUCAUCAACGAAGAACAAAGUGAAGAAGAUCCAGAUCCUAAAUUGUAACCUAGAACGGACUGUCUGAACCCGUUGUGGCAGCCAACUGGCUAAUCAGUCAUUGUCAGACUGGUCACUCGCGCUGUGCUUGUAUAGCGGUUUUGAGCGAUAAGCUAUCGUCUUUAUCACCGAGUGGUACUAUCAGUUGGAGGUGUCCCGCACUGUCUGGGGGUUUUCUAUGUGUUUUCGCAUUCGGAGUAUGUUUGCGAGUGUUCAGCGUAUACAUGCGUCUACAAAGCUGGUUGAAGGGGCAAGUUUGUGCAAGAAAUAAUAUGGUGUGGCCGAUGAUUCAAAAGUGGACGGCACUGUGAGCGUAAACAACAUCGACCAUUUGCCUGCCUAAAUCGCAAACAAUCACGCAACCCAGCAAUCUCUAACUAACACAGCCAUAACCCAGCAGCAUACACGAAUCGAAUCUGGCACACUGUCGGACCAUUUCAUCUGCGAGCUAAAAUGGCACAGGAAACGGCUGUGAAACAGUUUAUCGAUAGGAUCAAUAGCUCAAACAACGAUCCAAACCGGAAAGCUGUAACCCCCGCGGUGGCCACAAGGUUCCUGUUGGCUCGCAAAUAUGACAUCGCGAGGGCGUUGGCUCUUUACGAGCAACACGAGCUAAUCCGGCAACGGGAAGGGCUGUACGGGUUCGAUCCGAUGGUCGAUCCUCUGCGGGCGGAACUGGAGACGGGAAAGUUUACGAUAUUGCCUGGACGUGAUGCUAGUGGCGCGGCGAUCGCGAUCUUUACCGCCAACCUGCACUGCCCGGUGACAGUGACCCAUAAAACCACGCUGCAAGGCGUCGUCUAUCAGCUGGACGUUGCUCUACAAAAUACCGACACACAGAAGGCCGGUCUGGUGUUUAUCUACGAUAUGAGCACCUCCAAGUAUUCCAACUUUGAUUACGAUCUGUCGCAGAAAAUUUUGACGUUGCUAAAGGGUGGCUAUCCGGCGCGGCUGAAAAAAGUUCUCAUCGUUACGGCGCCGCUUUGGUUCAAGGCACCGUUUAAAAUACUUCGACUGUUCGUGCGCGAGAAAUUAAGAGAACGCGUGUUUACGGUCUCGAUACCGCAGCUAAGCCUGCAUGUUCCUCGUGAGUCUCUUCCAGUUCGAUUAGGCGGAACGUUAGAAGUCGACCAUUCCUCAUGGUUGCUGCAUUGUUACAAAUCGAUGACGAAUCGUGAGGACGAACUAAUUGCCACAACCGGGCAUCAGCAGCAACAGCAACAGUUGUCCGGUGAGCAGACCACCAGUCCGUCGGUUGCGGUGAGCAGCACUAGUCCCGUGAUGGGAAGCGCCGGAAUAACGGCGAUUGCUACCGGUGUGUCUGCACUGGAUGCUCACAACUCACUGACGUGUGCGCCGAAUACGACGGACUUGGCUAGUGUGGAUUAUAACCACCGAACAGCAUCUCCAUUACCGCAUGGCAAUGGCACACUCCUAGAUGAUCAUCACAUAGGUGUGGAGAAUAGUAGUGAUAUUGCUGCCGCGGGCGUCAACCAUCUCUCGGAGCACCACCACCAUCAGCACACGGCCACCAGCGAGUUGUGGACGGAGAACCCACCGAGUAGCGCAUCGUCCGGUUUCAGCGACGACGACAGCCUGGCAGGAGCGGAAGGUGAUCCGAAAACGAUCGACCAGAUCGUGCAGAUGGUUCGCGAGCGGGGCAAGCUGGGGCUGAUUCGAGAGUAUGCAGAAAUUAAAGCUCGCGCACCGGAUGGUACCUUCACGCAUGCAAAGCUGAGAAACAACCUGGCCAAGAACCGAUAUACGGAUGUGCUGUGCUACGAUCACAGUCGGGUGGUGCUGUCACAGGAGGACGACGAUCCUUCGACGGACUACAUCAAUGCCAACUUUGUCGAUGGGUACAAGCAGAAAAACGCUUACAUUUCCACACAAGGCCCGUUGCCCAAAACGUCGUACGAUUUUUGGCGGAUGGUCUGGGAGCAGCACUGUUUGCUGAUCGUUAUGACGACCCGAGUGAUGGAGCGGGGUCGGGCGAAGUGCGGCCAGUAUUGGGAACCGAUAGAAGCUGGCGUCUUUGAGUACGGUUGCUACCAAGUGCGGACAAUGUCGAUAGAAACCAACGAGGACUACACCGUAGUGGAGUUGGAAAUAAGAAACACUAAGACUGAUGAGGUGAGGUGCGUCUCGCACUGGCAGUUUACUAGCUGGCCAGAUUACGGAGUGCCGUCAUCGGCGAAGGCUAUGCUAAACUUUUUGCAACGCGCUCGUGAGAAACAGGCGGAAAUGGUGCGGUCAUUAGGUGACCUAUGGGCCGGCCAUCCACGAGGGCCCCCCAUAGUGGUACACUGUAGUGCCGGUAUCGGUCGAACUGGGACCUUCAUUACGCUAGAUAUCUGCAUAUCGCGCCUCGAGGAUGUCGGGACGGCCGACAUCAAGGGCACGGUAGAGAAAAUUCGCUCCCAGCGAGCGUACUCGAUCCAGAUGCCGGAUCAGUACGUGUUCUGUCAUCUGGCUCUGAUCGAGUACGCACUUUCUCGCUCAAUGCUGCAGUCGGUGGAUCUAUCCGAGUUUGACGAGCGAGACGAAGAAUCGGACUAAAUCAUCCGAACCGAACAAGGUAACACUCACUCACCAACCACGUCGUUUGCGCGAAGUGUGGUGCACAUGCUAUGCGAUUUCGUUGAGACGCGGUCCAAAGGCAAGGAAAUUAAGUUUUACUCGAUUAAAUUGCACCUACACCUGAUAAAUUAUCGUAGUCAGUUCUAGAUCCCAACGAUAGUGAAACAAAACUAAUUUUAUCAUUGGCCAUUUUGUUUUGAUUUCAAUUUUCCCCUUUCAAUGAUUCGUUUGAAUUCAAUCAAUCCCCUCAAUGGUGGCAUCAUUAUCGUUUUCGCAGUGCCAAGAAAUUACGAAAGGCAGAAUAAAGACAAUGUUGGCCACUCGAAAGUCGCUGUUUGGUUUACCAAUCGAAAAAGCAUAACAUGUGCCCACAACCGAUAUAAGCUCGCAGUUCAAAGAGUCCAAUUAGAUUUCAUGUGACAGCAAGGGUGUCUCUUACAAUCAAAAAACAACAACAGUUCCGGAAAAUUGUACGAUAAUUUGAACUAUUCUUUUGAAACAUAGUAUUUCUCAAAGUGGUAAACAAAUUUAGGGAAAAUAGAUAUCCUAAGUAAAUACAAAGGUAAGAAAUGCAUCCAGUCCAGUGAAGUGCGAAAGAACGGAAAAAUGUUGAAGUCCGCGCUGGUAGAACAGUAGUAGUGGCGGAGAGGCGUUCGCAGUCGGCACGGCGGAAGGCGCAAAUAGAGAAAAGAAAUCAAAGGUUAUUUUUUCUAUUUAUUUUAACUUUAGAGGGAGAAAGGUAACUGCGAGUAAAUAUAUAGACAUAAACAUAUUUAAAAUUAGACCAGUAACAUGUGGACCGCGUCGGAAGCACGGUGUCGUGACGUGCUUGGAAAUAUCAUUUACAUGGGGAGAAUAGUAGCGAAACAAUAACUAAAGCGAAUCGAAGCGACUCUGAGCACCGGAGCUCUUCUUUGCAUUCUGAUAGCAAACUGAUAACGUACACACGAUCGCGUGGGAGGGAACGAAUUUGUUCUUCUAUAGGGCAAAUAAUCAAAUGGUAUUGUCAUUUAGCGUAAGCCAACUUAAAGUACUCAAAGCAUUACCACCCCUUCUUUUCGUCCGAAGUCGCUAAACGGGGGCAGAGGUGAUAACACUUUGUGCGUAGGAAGAUGUGCCCCCACACGUUGCUGUUACUCAUUUUUCCUACUCGUAGGGCACCAGUGAUGCUGGGCACUGUAUUAAUGUUGGAAGUGGGAAUAACGACACCGCAUUCAGGCAUUUCCGAGCUACUGCAAAGCGAGGUAAUAAUCACUAAAAUCAGGCCGUCGAUAGACACUGUGAGAGGACUAAAUGAGGUUGAAAAUAUAGCCCUGACAACAAAUAAAUACUAUUUUGCGUG